UCCUCCUUCCUCCAUCCCUCACUCCCUGCCUGCCCGUCAGAAGUCCCACACAUCCCAAGAGGAUAAGAUGCCAUGGAGGCCACAGGAAGAACAGCGCUCUAUGUCUACUCCGUCCUGUUCAUCUUAACAGUCUCCACCACCACAGAGGUCAGCUCUGAUUUCAUCCACAUCCCUUCGUUAGUCCAUCAUGGCAUUGAAGGGAAGCCCCUGCUCCUGUCUGUGGAGACUCGCUUUCCGCUGGCCGACGCUGAGAUCCAGGGAACUUGGUCCCACACCAGGCCGAGUGGCAGCAGGACCACAUUGGUUACGUUUACCAAACAGGCCACAAUCACUGACAUGAUGUACCGCAACCACCUCCGCUUCGAAAAACCCAAUGUGUCUUUAACAAUCAAGAAAUUAGGCCAGGACGAUGAAGGAGAUUAUCAUCUGAGUCUCAACAUAGAGUUUCAUAACAAGACAGGACUGGUUAUCAAGGAGGAGAGAACUGUGCAUGUGACAGUGGACGUCCCUGUGUCCACUCCAGUCAUUGAGAAGAACCCAUCCUACGCAGUUGUUGAGGACAAGGCAAAUGUAACCUUGACUUGCUCUGUUGAGAGAGGAACAAGAGUUGUGUUCCAGUGGCUGAGGGACAACAUCUUGCUGGGUCCUAGUGACAGAUACCACUUCUCCCGAGGCAAAGCUACACUCCUAAUCAGUCCUGUGAGGAAAGAGGACAAGGGAACUUAUCGCUGUGUGGCCAGCAACCCAGUUAGCCCAGGUCGACACAGCAGGAGCGUGGAACUCAAUGUUUACUAUGGCCCCUACAAUCUGGAGGUGAACUCAGGCCAGGGCCUGCGGACAGGAGAGGUGUUCACUAUCAACCCAGGAGAACUGGCCUUCUUUGAAUGCCAGGCUGAUUCCAAUCCACCCAACAGCUAUGUCUGGAUCUCCAAGAGCAGCAAUUCAACCCAUGUCAUCACUGAGGGCCCGCGGCUGGAGGUGCUGUCCUACAGAUUGGCCCAGGCUGAAGAGUACCUGUGCCGUGCCUUCAACAACGUGACACAGAAGCAGGACGAGGCCCAGUUUACUCUGGUGGUGGCCAGUUUAGGAACAGGGAAGGAAAAGCACACUCAGGAGGGCAGCUCUGUUUCUCCACUGGCAGCCAUUACUGUCUGCUCUUUGUUCAUCAUCGGCUGUAUGCUGCUGGUCUUCCUCAGGAGAACCUGCCAUCCUAAGAGAGUUCUUAUGAGCAUUUACAACAGACCACUUUCAGAGCAGAAAAGACCCCAUCGUUCAGGUCACGAGGAUGCAACAGAAGACUUUGGCAUCUACGAGUUUGUCUCCAUUCCUGGGAAAAUGGAAUCUGCGCAGGUGUCAUGCAGAUCUCUGGCCCGCCUCGAGUCAGUUCAGGAUAUGCACACCACCAUCUAUGAUGUGAUCAGACAUGAUCCUGAAACCCCCAGUCACAGUUUGCUGGAGUAACAUUCAGCUGGAGAGUUGAGAUGUAACUUACAGUCAUUUCACUUGAAGACUCUUUGUGUAGCUUUAAUUUCUUUAGUCUCUGAUAUCAAAGCCUGAAACACUGGAUUUGGUGGCCCAAUUUUUUUGCACAGGGGAUGAAGGAGACUAGUGUGAGUAUACAACCUGAUCGUGCACUGUUAUUGUCCAGAGUUUGGGACAGACGUUAAAUGUCUUUUGCUGACAUUAUUGUGAUAUGAAAAUGUGUGUAUGAAUGGCUUGAUUUUUUAUGUGCAAGUAUAACUGAAGAUGGAAUUGUUUAGUUUUUUUCCCAUUCAAAAAUGAAAAUCAUGUUAAACUAAGCAAGUUAGUAGUAGCUAUUUUUACAUUAUUAUGAAUAUUUUAUAAGGUGCUUACAAGCUAAAUUCCUGCACCUUGAUCACUAUUUAAAAAAAUAUAUCUAAUAUUUUAAUUAUUGAAGUUUUAUUUGCAAGUUCAAUAAUAUCUUUGUAAUUUAACAUUUUCCCCCAAAGAGAGUCUGGUUUAUGAGAAGACAAGUGUUAUAAUGAAUGGAUUUUCUUGUAUUGAAUAUAUUUAGGUUAAAUGUAUAUAUUGUACAUGGACUACACUGCAGAUUCUUUAUACAUAUUAUUCUAUAUCUAUGUUUUGCUGAAAUCUAUUUAUUCCCAUAGAAACUCUUAACCCUGUUUCCUCAAAUGUAGCAUUUUCUUUCUGCUCAACAUAGAUAUAAUGAAAU